AUGUCCGUUCCACACUUACAUUCAUUCACGGGAGAUGCGACUCUGUGGUUCGCACAAGUAGAAGCCCAUUUUGCGGCUCAUGGCGUUUCUCCCAUUCAACAGUUACACCUCCUCUAUUGUAGCUUGCCUCCUCAACUCGCCACAUCUGCUAGAGAUCUCAUUAUAGAUCCUAGUCCAGACGCCACCUAUGCGUCUAUCAAGGCGGAAAUUCUUCGACGCAACACUCGGUCAGAAGAAAGUAGGUUUAAUGAGCUAAUGGCGGAUGAGCGGCUAGGAGACAAGACCCCCUCACAAUUCUUGCGUUGCUUGCGAGAGUUAAGCGGGAACUUCGCAGACGCACCUCUGCUUCGUAAAAUAUUCUUCUCUAUGUUGCCUGCCAACCUUCAAGCAAUUUUGGCCACAGCCCUUGAGUCCAACAGUGUGGACCAAAUUGCCACGAUGGCAGAUAAAACUUUGGAAUUUUCUGGCCAGCCAAAGUCGCGUGGCAUGUGCGUUUGCACUGAGACCCCUUCGACAGCCUCAGUUUCAGCCUCUUCUCUGUCACCUGACACUAUAUCAGACAAAAUAGACGCGCUGACACGACGCACGGACGAGCUAUGCCGGGAAAAUAGGCGUCGUUGGCGUAGUCGGAGUCGCUCUACCUCUCGUGCCUCAUUCCAUGCUUUUCGUAUGCAAGCCGGCGGGGCUCGCUCUGAGCACUCUAAUUUUUUCACAGUGAACGUACCGGCCGCCUCGGACACUCGUUCCGGGCUGUGCUAG